AUGGAGACGUUUACUGGAAAAAUAUCUAUGAUAGGCCAUGUAAUUAGACUGAAUGUUAAAUUCAACUCUAUGGAAUCCUAUGUUACCAAACUUUGGGGUGCAAUCUUAAUUCCGAAAGUCUUCUUAAUCAAGCAAGGAGUAUUUCUCUUUGAUUUUCAAUCUGAAAAACAAAUGAGGGGGAAGUGCUUGAGGCUUGUCCCUGGUUCUUUGAGUUCUGUUGGCAUAAGUAAAAUUGCAAGUCUUGUUGGUUAUCCAAUUGCAACUGGUAAACUUACAGCCACAAGAGAGCGAUUGAAUUAUGCUAGAGUUUUGUUAGAAGUCAAACUUUCUUUAAAAGAGGCUUUACCUGAGCAAAUAUCUAUUCAGGGUCUUGAUGGAAGAAGUUAUAAUCAAACAGUAUUGUAUGAACUUAAACCAAGAUGGUGCUCUCUAUGCAAUAUAAUAGGGCAUGAAACUAAGAAAUGUAGAAGGCAAACUACUAAAAAGAAAUGGGUACCAGUUAAUAAGCAACCAAUGAAAGAUGCACAAGUUAGUUAUGCUAAUGUGCAACACGAUCUUGAAAGUAAGCAAGGACCUAUUGAAAAGAGAGAUAAACCUGAGAAUUCUGGACAGAAUGAACCUAAUGAGAUUAGAGAUCCUGCUGGAUUAUUGAAUAUGGAUGCGCCAGUUGUUGAAAAUUAUGUUCAAAAGGGAGGAAAUGUAAUGGAAGUUAGUUCUAGGCUAUCUGAAUCGAAGGCACAAAACUCUGGAGUAACUGAAUCAAAUAUGCAUGUUUCUAGUAAACAUGCGCAGAGUGUGCGCAGACAAAAGAAUUUUUCAAGCACUUUCAGGAUCAGCGUAGUAGCUAGGAGACCUAUUGCAAAUGAUCAUGGUCCUUCAAUUCAAGCUUCACAUUUCUCUAUUUUGGAUCAUCAGUGCUUAAAAUCAUCAAAACAAUACAUUACUAGUGCAGUGCAAUCAAAGGAUGGUACACUGACAUGCCUAAUCAUAAUUGUUUAUGCUCUUAAUCAUCUAGAGGAUAGAAAAUCGCUCUGGGAAGAACUUUUGGCAUUUAAAAGGAAUGUAAAUAGACCCUGGUUGGUAGGAGGGGACUUCAAUGCUAUCAUUAAUAAUGAGGAAAAAAUUGUAGGUGCACCAGUUACAGAUACUGAUACUGAGGACUUUCAGUACUUUAUGAAUUCAAGUCAGUUAAUGCAUAUAAAGUCUAUAGGAUGGUAUUUCACACUUGGAGUAACAAGCAAGAUGUAG